ACAUAUUUCAUUAAUAUACUUGUUUUAUAAACCUUUUAUUUUAAAGUUUGACAACAUCUAUGAGUCAUUCGGCAACCGAACUUAAUCGACCAAUUCCGAUGUCAAACUUAAAGGCCGAUGAAGACAAAUAAUCAUAAGCAAUCAGCUGUAGUUUUUGAAAGAAAGGUUUAUUUUAUGUUUGCAGCAGCAAAAAACAGUUCUUAAAUUGAAGUUGUACCCGUGUCAACAUGAAGAUACUGAUCUUCAUUACAUUUGUGGCAGCUUUUGCCAUCUCAAGCGGUGUGUUUGUACCACCCCGUCAUCAUAGAGCAAAUCAUUUACUUGGAGCUAAAGAAUGUACUUGGGGACCAUCAUACUGGUGUCAAAACAUUACUACAUCUGCCCAUUGUCGCGCCACAAAACAUUGCAUUGAAUUGGUAUGGAUUCAUAGGCAGCUACCUCCAGACACAUCAAAUGUAUGUCAAAUAUGCAAGGACAUGGUUACACAAGCUAGGGAUAAUUUGUUGAGUAAUGGUACUCAGGAACUCAUCAAACAAGUGUUCGAAGGGUCCUGCGCCUUGAUGCACAUCAAAAAGGUCGUGAAACAGUGCGACAAUCUCGUCGACGAGUUCGUGCCCGAGCUCAUCGACACGCUCGCUUCCCAGAUGAACCCGCAGGUCGUUUGUUCCGUGGCCGGGCUUUGCAACAACGAAAGGAUCCAUCGCAUGAUCGCGGAGGCCGAGCAAAACGGCGAAAGCGAUUCGGCACCGGUCGUCAAAGAUACGUGCGCAGGAUGCCACAGCGUCGUGCAAUUGAUGGAGAGCAAAUUCGACCAGAUGAGCAGGGAUGACGUGCUUCAGAGCUUUUUACACAUUUGUGGAAAUUUGGGCUCCCUUUCGGACGCUUGCAGCAACAUUGUAAUCAGCUACUUUACCGACAUCUACAAGCACAUCCAGGAAAGCUUCAACCCCACCGACGUUUGCCUAAUGGCCGGCGAAUGCAGCGCCCAGUUCCACCAGCACGACAUUGAAAUCACCAUCCCAUCUCAAAGUGGAUACGUCAAACCCAAUACUGAGGACGAUUUGCCAUGCGAUUUGUGCGAACAACUAGUGGGACACUUGCGCGAUCUGUUGGUGGCCAACACGACCGAGAGCGAAUUCAAAAUGGUGUUGGAAGGCCUCUGCAAACAAACGAGGUCCUUCAAAAGCGAAUGUUUGGACGUCGUCGACCAAUACUACGGUCUCAUGUACACUUACUUGGUGAACGAGCUGAAACCCAAGGAAAUGUGCUCUUUAAUCAACAUUUGUCCAAAAUCUGACUACAUGUUGCAACCCAUGUCCCCAUUGUUACCCAUUGAGACGGCCGAAAUAUUAAAAGAAACCCCGGCUCUGCCCGAAAAACCUUUGGUGCACAUCAAAAUGCCAAGUGGCAACACGAACGUAAAAAUUUUGUCGCCCGAAUCGGCUCAAUUGCCCAUCGAACUGCUGAUGCCGCCGCACGGCCAGAACCUCUUCAGCAAGGAAUCCUGCGUGUUCUGUCAAUAUUUCUUGCACUUCGUCCAGGAGGACAUCACCAAUCCGAAAACGGAAGAGCAGAUAAAGGCGGUGAUAGACAAGGCGUGCGCCCGACUUCCCGGCUCGAUUAACGAGACCUGCGUCGCUUUCGUGGACUCGUACGAGCCCGCGCUGAUCGCCAUUCUCGCCCAGGAGAUCGAUCCGUCCCAGGUGUGCCCCAUGAUCAGGGCUUGUCCAUCCAACGACGCGCAAGAGGACGUCGAGGUGUUCAUGCAGCAGCAGAACGAGAGCCCCAAGUGCCCGAUGUGCUUGUACGCCGUCUCCAAGUUGGAGAGCAUCGUCAGGGACAGAAAAUCCAAGGAAAGUAUCAUAAACGGACUGACAAACUUGUGCACCCAUUUGCCCAAAAACAUGGCGCCCGAAUGCGAAGACUUCGUCCAAACAUACACCAACGAAUUGGUUGACAUGCUGAUGGCGGAUUUUACUCCGAACGAAGUUUGCGUUUACUUGCAUUUGUGCGAAGAUAAACCCAAACCAAAAUCCGAACAACGUCCAAUUACCGUUGUGGAUUUUGAUGCCGACUUCUUGAAAGAAGGUGGAGAUGUCCGUACCAAUAUGAUUCCUGACAAUACCGUUAACGGAAACCCCGUCAAAGACGUAGGCAACAAACCUCAGUGCGCCCUGUGCGAGUUCGUGAUGAGGGAAAUCGACGAUCAGCUCAAGGACAACAAAACCGACGACCAAAUCAAAAAGGCCGUCGAGAAAGUUUGCACGAUCAUGCCGAAAUCGCUCAGGUCGCAAUGCAAAGAUUUUAUCGAUCAAAAUUCCGACACCAUCAUCGCUUUGCUGAGCGAGGCGCUCGAACCCAGCGAAAUUUGUGCCAUGUUGAAUUUCUGCGACAAAAAAACUUUCGAUGUCAUGAGAGGUGAAAUUCUUGAAUGCGCCAUUUGCGAAGGAGCUGUCGAAGCGAUGAAGAAAAUUUUGGACAACCCCAGAGCUGAUCACGCAGUCAUUCAUGUAAUGGAAAAAACUUGUCGUGCUAUGCCUCAAAAAUACAGAGAAAAGUGCCAACAAUUGAUUGAAAACUUUGGAUCAGAAAUAUUGGAUAACAUUUCUCAUUACACAAAAGAAGCCUCUAAAAUUUGCCAGAUCAUGGGAAAAUGUUCACCAGAGUUAAUAGGGUCAAAUGUAUGUACCAGAGGCCCUACAUAUUGGUGCCAAAAUGGGGAAACUGCAGAAAAGUGCCAGGCUACACAACACUGCGAGACAAAAGUGUGGAACCAAUCAAGAGCUAAAAGAUCACCUCAGGGUCUUCCUCUUUUGGGUCUAAAUCCUUGCACUUGGGGACCAUCAUUCUUUUGCGACAACCUUGAAAACGCAAAAAGAUGCCAUGAUUGCAACAUGAUUUUGGUAGAUUCGUCCCAAUUUUUAACAGGUGUAAACCUUAAUACAGGAUUUUAUUUUGACGCACAUCCUGUAGGCAUCUUAUUAGCAGAGUUUAUAGACUAUUUGAUAACGAAAGGUUUAAAAUUGACUGAUUUGGAACUCAUUGGUGUCAGUUUAGGAGCACACGUUAUUGGUAUAGCUGGGGCUGCGAUUAAAAGUGGAAAACCAGCUAAAAUUAUGGCUUAUGAACCUGCCGGAUUUAAUUAUGACUCAUAUCCGCCAGACAUGAGGCUGGACGAAACAGAUGCACAAUUGGUCAUGGUAAUUCAUACGGAUCCUGAUGGUUGGGGUUACGACAAGUCCUGUGGUCAUGUUGAUUUCUGGAUAAACAUGGAUCUAGCUUUUCAACCUGGAUGUACCACCGUAGAAGCUAUUGCUAGGUUAUCUACUGAUAUUACAGACUAUGUUGCUUGCAGUCAUUCGUACAGUUAUCGAGUAGGUGUAUAUGCUAUUUAUCAUCCAACUGCGUAUCCAGCUUUAAAUUGUACCAGUUACGAUGAUUAUGCAAACGGGAUGUGCAACAAUAAUGAUCUUCAAUAUGUUGGUGAUCAAGUAAAUACAUCGUUGACCAUUGAUUACGAAGAACAGUACCUAGCUUAUUUGAAAUUCGAAGAUUGCAAUGUGAUUUUGGUUGAUGCCUCGCAAAUUUUUAUCGGGGUAGACCUUAGAAAUGGGGCUUAUUUUGAAGCCCAACCUGUGGCCGUACAGGUAGCACAGUUUAUAGAUUAUUUGGUUUCAAAAGGCUUGAAACUGCCUGAUCUUGAACUUCUUGGUACAAGUUUGGGAGCACAAGUUAUUGGACUAGCUGGAUCAUUGGUUAAAAGUGGCAAAGUUGCUAAAAUAGUGGCUUAUGAUCCAGUAGGUUUGGUUUUUAACACAUAUCCUCCGGAAAAAAGACUGGAUAAAUCAGACGCAGAGUUGGUCAUAGUAAUUCACACAAAUACAAAUUUAUGGGGAUAUUAUGGUCCUUGUGGGCAUGUUGAUUUUUGGAUUAACAGAAAUAGGUUAAUUCAACCGGGAUGUACUAAGUUUGAAACAAUUUUCAUCAGAAGAUCAACUAACCCUGAUGACUAUGUUUCCUGCAGUCAUGUCUACAGUGUUCGUGUAGGUGUAUAUGCUCUUAGUCAUCCAACUGCAUACCCAUCUCGUAAUUGUUCGAGUUAUUUGAAUUAUGCAAAUGGACUUUGUGACAAAAAUAAUCUUCAAUAUGUUGGUGAUCUAGUAAAUACAUCUGCCUAUGGAAAUUAUUAUGCCAAAGCUGGAAUUGAAGUAUAUUCUAUAAAUCCAUGAUGUUUGUAAUUUGAUAAAAAUAUAUUUU